AUGCGGCGGGAAGACAGCGACGAUGACGAGGGUUCCGCCCUAACGAUAACCCCCGGUACUACGGGCGACCUCGACGGCCUCGCCGCGGCGCUCUCAGGCAUCGAGCUGGCCUCCAAGGCACCCGAGAACAGCUCCGGUUACCAAGGCGUCGGGAACCCGGGAGGCCCAGACACCAUCCUCGCCCGCGCGCUCGCAGGCAUCGCGGAAGAUGCAUCCACCCCUCCUCCCCCCGCGAGAGCCCAGCCGCGACGGUCCCCGAGGCUUAAACCCUUCCCCGCGACCCCGGCGGGGACGGGCGGCGUCGGAGACGGCGAGGAGUUCAGGAAGCCCAAGCUGGUGGUGCGUUACAAGCGCGAGAAUGUCACGCCAGCGGCGAGCGCGGCGAACACGCCGGAGAAGGGGACGCCGAAGGAGAGCUUCGAGACCGCGCGGGAGAGCUUCUCGGAGGUUAAGGAGGAUGAGGACGGGCAGGAGGAGUCCUCCCCAGCCCCCGUGUCCGUAGCGACCCUCGCGUCGCGAUACGUCGUGGUCGAGCCCGAGGUUGACGAAGAAGAGAAGGAGAAGGACCGACAACCUCCGUCGACCAGCCCGGCGGUCAAGCCACCGGUGCAUCGCAAACCCCGGAGCAAGGUCAAGACCAAGCCGAGGGACCCGAGCUCGUUCGCGGCGUUUCGCGAGAUGCGGAGGGAGCAGGUCAAGGCGACGGCCAAGGCGUCCGACGCGGAGGAAGAGGCGGAUGCGCUCGCGUCGAUGUUCGAAAAGAAAGUCUCAGUCGAGGAUACGCCGUCCAGGCGGGGAGGGCGAAAAGCACCCGCGCGCGCGGUUCGCGAGGGCGAUGACGUCGGCGUCGUCGGUCUGUGCUACAGCGACGUCAUGGAGCUGCACGAGGGACCCAGUCACCACUUCGAGAGGCCCGCGAGGCACGCGGUGACCGUGGCUCGGAUGCGAAAAGACGGGCUCGAGGAAAAAUGCGAUCUCAUCGCCGCGAGGGAGGCGACGGACGAGGAACUGCUGACCUGUCACUCUCGCGAACACCUCGAGUACGUCGCCAACGCGUUCGACCGCACGAGCGACGAGAAGGUGCAGGGGGUGGGCGACAUCUACUGGACCGAGCACACCGAGCGAUGCGCGAGGACCGCGGCUGGGAGCGCGUGCGCGGCGACUGACGCGGUGGCUAGCGGGACGCAUCACCGAGCCUUCGCGGUGGUCAGGCCGCCGGGUCACCACGCGGAGUGCGCGAGGGCGAUGGGAUUCUGUUUCUACAACAACACGGCCGUCGCCGCGCGCGCCGCGCUGACGGCGCACCCGCACGUCAACAGGGUGCUGCUGUUGGACUGGGACGUGCACCACGGCAACGGGAUACAGGACGUGCUCUACCGGGACGACCGCGUCAUGUACGUCUCCUUGCACAGGUACGGCGACGGUUUCUAUCCGGGGACGGGCGCGAUGGAGGAGACGGGUGCCGGGGAGGGUGCUGGGUACAACGUCAACGUGCCGUGGACGGAGAAGGGGCUCGGCGACGCCGAUUAUCUCGCCGCUUUUGACCUCGUCAUCGACCCCAUCGCCAAAUCGUUCGAUCCCGACCUCGUCAUCAUAGCCGCCGGGUUCGACGCCGCGGAGGGUGACCCGCUGGGCGGGAUGAAGGUGACGGACCAAGGGUACGCGUUGAUGACCGAGCGACUCGUAUCGUUGGCCGGGGGUAAGUGCGUCGCGGCGCUCGAGGGAGGGUACGGAUUGACGGCGACUGCCUCUGCGGCUGCCGCGACGCUCGGAGCGAUGCUGGGGUACGCUACGCCUCCGCUGAGCUCGCGCCGUCGACCGAAGCGAUCGACGGUGGAGACGCUGGGGAAGAUCAUCGAGGUGCACAAGGAGAGGUGGCCGGUGUUGGCGAGCGAGGAGCACCGGCGAAGGUUCAGAUCGGCGCUCGAGAUGACGAGGGUUGCCGGGAAAGAGAGGAACGCGGGCGAGUUGGAGAAUUGA